AAAAGACCGGAAAGCCUUCUGACUCCGCCGGAUAUAGGCAGGAAAGGGCGAUUCUCGCGAGAACCGUCGGCUCCGCCCAGCCUCCCAGCGACGCCCUUGCCGCCAUGUUACUUGUGGGCAGGUGCCUGAGGCUGACGCCUGCUCCGCGCCUCUGCGUUUGGAGGAGACCAGACUCCGGCUCCGCCCGGGCUCGUGCCCGGUGGUCUGCAACCCUGUGUCCAUGACCAAGCCCUACGAGUGAUCUGCCUGCCUUCAGGUCCACCCGUGGGAAGGAGCAUCGGUGACCUGUCCACCAACAAAGCCAGGUGGGGUGACAAGAGGAGCCUGAGCCAGCUCUGCAGGUUGGCAGGCUCCCCAGACUGCCCAGGCCCCUAUGGAAGGAAACCUGUGAUCUCUGCCCCUCCCCUUGAGGACUGGAGUCCUGAAGAUUACUCCAGGGAGAGAAAAAAGAAUGCCGCUCUUCUUCCGGAAGCGUAAACCCAGUGAAGAGGCUCGGAAACGCCUGGAGUAUCAGAUGUGUCUGGCAAAAGAAGCUGGGGCCGACGACAUUCUUGACAUCUCUAAAUGUGAGCUCUCAGAGGUUCCAUUUGGAGCUUUUGCAACAUGCAAAGUUCUACAGAAGAAGGUGUUGGUUGUCCACACGAAUCACCUCACUUCCCUGCUCCCUAAAUCCUGCAGCCUCCUGAGUCUCAUAACCAUCAAGGUUCUGGAUCUUCACGAUAAUCAGCUGUCAGCUCUUCCUGACGACAUAGGGCAGCUGACUGCCCUCCAGGUAUUGAAUGUGGAAAGGAAUCAACUGACGUAUCUCCCACGUUCCAUUGGGAACCUGAUCCAGCUCCAGACCCUCAAUGUGAAAGAUAACAAGCUGAAGGAGCUUCCAGACACCUUGGGAGAACUUCGAAGCUUACGUACUCUCGACAUCAGCGACAACGAGAUUCAGAGGUUGCCACAGCUACUGGCGCAUGUUCGAACCCUGGAAACUCUGAGCCUCGACGCCUCGUCCAUGGUUUACCCCCCCAAGGAGGUGUGCAGUGCCGGCACCCAGGCCAUUCAGCAGUUACUCUGCAAAGAGUCAGGACUGGAAUACUACCCUCCUUCUCAGUACUUGCUGCCAGUCCUGGAGCAGGACGGAGCUGACACCUCCCGGAAUAGCCCUGAUGGACCCACGGACAGAUUCUCCAGGGAGGAGGUAGAGUGGCAGAAUAGGUUCUCAGACUAUGAGAAGAGGAAGGAACAGAAGAUGCUGGAGAAACUGGAGUUUGAACGGCGGCUGGAACUCGGGCAGCGAGAGCAUGCCCAGCUCCUUCAGCAGAGCAACAAUCAGAAGGACGAGAUCCUUCAGACGGUCAAGGAGGAGCAGUCCCGGCUGGAGCAGGGCCUGAGUGAGCGGCAGCGCUACCUGGACGCCGAGCGGCAGCGGCUGCAGGAGCAGCUGAAGCAGACGGAGCAGAUCAUCUCCAGCCGGAUCCAGAAACUCCUGCAGGAUAACCAGAGGCAAAAGAAAAGUUCUGAGAUCUUGAAGUCGCUGGAAAAUGAAAGAAUAAGGAUGGAGCAGUUGAUGUCCAUAACCCAGGAGGAGACAGAGAACCUGCGGAGACGUGAGAUUGCCUCCGCCAUGCAGCAGAUGCUGACCGAGAGCUAUAAGAACCGGCUCAUCCAGAUGGCCUACGAGUCUCAGAGGCAGAGCUUGGUCCAGCAGGCCUGUUCCAGCAUGGCUGAAAUGGAUGAGCGUUUCCAGCAAAUUCUGUCAUGGCAGCAGAUGGAUCAGAACAAAGCCAUCAGCCAGAUCCUGCAGGAGAGCGCCAUGCAGAAGGCCGCAUUUGAGGCUCUCCAGGUGAAGAAAGACCUGAUGCACCGGCAGAUCAGGAACCAGAUUAAGUUAAUAGAAACUGAGUUAUUGCAGCUGACUCAGCUGGAGGUAAAGAGGAAGUCCCUGGACACAGAGGCACUGCAGGAGAUGAUCUCAGAGCAGCGCUGGGCCCUGAGCUCCCUGCUCCAGCAGCUGCUCAAGGAAAAGACGCGACGAGAGGAAGAGCUCCGGGAAAUUCUGACAGAGUUAGAAGCCAGAAGCGAAACCAAGCAGGAAAAUUACUGGCUGAUUCAGUAUCAACGGCUUUUGGACCAGAAACCCUUGUCCUUGAAGUUGCAGGAGGAAGGCCUGGAGCGCCAGCUGGCGGCCCUCCUGGUGGAUCUGUCGGCGGAACACUACCUGCCUCUCUUUGCCCACCACCGCAUCUCCCUGGACACACUGAGCCACAUGAGCCCUGCCGACCUGGCCAAGGUGGGCGUCUCGGAAGCUGGCCUGCAGCACGAGAUCCUGCGGAGGGUCCAGGAGCUGUUGGAUGCAGCCAGGAUCCAGCCAGAGCUGCUGAAGCCACCCAAGGGUGAGGUCCUUGGGGUCCUGGAGGUGCCCACUGCCCCCGAGGAGCUACCUGAGUCUGUGAGCCCAUCUGCUCCCCCGGCAGAGCUGGAGGUGCCAGCCUCAGAAUGUGUCGUGUGCCUGGAACGGGAGGCCCAGAUGAUCUUCCUCAACUGUGGCCAUGUCUGCUGCUGUCAACAGUGCUGCCAGCCGCUGCGCACGUGCCCGCUGUGCCGUCAGGAGGUCACACAGCGCCUCCGGCUUUACCACAGCAGCUGAGCCCCGGCCGUGCCGCAGGCCCAGGGCUCGAGACAGACCAGCACAGCCCCCUCUCCGGGUCCCUUUCUCAUGGCCUGGGAGCUGCCCCCCCACCAUUCCUCUCCGAGCACACCUGGGUGGGGGCGGGAGGGGGACAGAGUGUUCCUGGCCAUGAUGCAGCUCAUCCGAAUGCUGUGGAGGAACAGAGGACUCCAAGUCUGAGGACGGCCUCGGGGGUUUGGAGAAGCAACUGUGCCACUGUCUGAGCACAGGACUGAGUGUCCUGGCCGCUACCACUUCUCAGCAGUCUGACUGCGGCAGGUCACUGCCCUGCAGGAGCCUCGGUGUCCUCAUCAGGGUAACACGGACAGUGCUGUCCCCCUCGGUGGGGCGGUGGGAGUGCGGGAGGGCCCUGGCCCCGAGCGCGGAGCUGCUGUAUGGAGUCCACCACCGAGCGCCAUGGGCUGGCCUCACAUGGACUAGCCAGUGUGUGCUGAGUGCACGCCUUGUGCCGCAAGCCAUGCUUGCCCCUCCUGACCGCUCCCUCUGGGCCCCUCUGCUCUCCAGAUCUGUACCUCCUAAUAGUCCACCCCCCAUCCCCCCGCAGCUCACAGGCAGGCGACGGGCUUUGCCCACCCGAAGCAGGAAUGUCAAUAAAUCCACCUCCA